CCCUUUAUCUCGAUUAAUAUACAAAGUGGGUGACGAUGCGAGCUGAUGGUUGUGGCGCUAGUAGGAUUCUGGCCGUCACACGCUACUUCUAUAAGGCACAACUGGCUUGUCCGUAUCCCUCUACUACUUGACAACCACAAACACAGAAACUUUCUAAAUUGGCACAUUGAGAUUUCAUCCACGAGGACCAAGAGAAUGAGCCUAUUAGAUUCAAUCACCUCACUCAAGUCAAAAUGAAGUCGCCUACGAAUGACCUUCUCAUUUCUUCCGCACAUCAACAGUUUCUCCCUAGGACACACCCGGCGCUCCAAUGUAUCUGCGAUACAACCGCGGUGGAACUCAACGUGGCACACAAGGGCGAAAGUGAGUUAGGCGUCGAUGCGAUAUUGAAACUUGCUCGACAGGCCAUUGGUUUUUGGCAAAGGCUUAGGAAUUGUCGCGCAUGUCUAGAAUCUCGAUUAGAAGAACUGCUAGCCGCAUUCGACAAGACUAUCAAUUUUCUUUGCAGAGCAGCGUCUGAAGCGGAUUUCCCAACCAUUGCGACUUUUUCGGCUGAGCUCACCGGGGUCUCAAAGCAAGGCGUGAGGCCAGGACAAGGAACAGGUCCAGGUCCAGGGACGGGUUCCCUACCGGGGUCGGCUCCCACUAGCUCUUACGCGUAUGAGACGAACGUACAUAACACAGCCACCAGCUCCCAACCGGUCCGAACACCGCCGAUGACGCUCGGUGGGGGUAUCCCUCCUAUGUCUUUUGGGAAGUACACUCUAGACAAACAGCAGAGUUUAGCACUCCUUCGUUCGACGUACUGCCGUAUUCUGAGCCAGGUCGCGUCGACUCUAUAUGAGAUACGCCAAGUGGAGGGCGGCAUUGAUGGUCGACUGAGUGGCAUCACGAGUGAUCUUCUGUAUAAUGUUCUUCACCUCAUGGAAACAUUCAAUGAGAGGAAUACAUAUUCGCUGGGUCGAUAAAAUUUCGGGGUAUCUGACCUUGUAGCGAUGUUUGGGGGAACGUGGGCAUCCAUUUACCAUAAAUGGUAUAGUUUGCUCUAUUACAAAUGUUCUAUAGGAGGAUUGGAGGCGCACGGAUACUGACCGGUAGCACAUACUGCCCACUAGGAUAAUUAUCCCGCUACGUAGAAGGGGGAUGCUUAUACCGAUGGUGCUCGCGGGGAUCGGAGUUGCUGCUGUAUAUCUUAUUAGGUACUGCUAGUACGUAAGGUAAGCGUGGCAUGAUAGUGACACGGGCGAAGGAAAUCCUCUGGUAUAGGGCAAGGCUGCCAGGCCACCUGCAGAAGGUGACAAGUAACAUGCAUACUUUCUCAUAUGAUAUCAAAUGGCGCGUAUAUACCUAGGUAGGAAUGCAUACCCAGCAAUAGGAAUGCCAAUGCUUCGAUGC